AUGGCGAUUACAGACUUUCUAGCACUCUCCGACAUUACUUCCGCCAUCAAUGCUUGUAAAGCGAAGGAUUCCUUUAACCCAAAGAUGUUUUUCAAAGCCGUGGGUCUAUCGAAGAAGACUCCAACUGAGAUCGAGAGGGUGUUUAACAUCUUGGACCAGGACAAAAGUGGUUUCAUAGAACAGGACGAGUUGCAACUCUUCCUGCAGAACUUCUCCAAAGGAGCAAGGACCCUGACUGCCGCCGAGACCAGAGCCUUCCUGCUGGAGGGGGACUCCGACGGUGAUGGAAAAAUUGGAUGGGAAGACGCCGACAGGCCGCACUGCAGUGAGCAGAUUGAUCUGAGCGAAUCCUCUCAUACCUCAAGUUAA